AUGAAGCCCCGCCUUCCCCGCCCCUCGAAAGCCCCCCUCGAAGCCCUCCUCGAAAACCCGCUCUCGAAAGCCCGCCUCCCGCCCUCGAAAGCCCGCCUCCCGCCCUCGAAAAGCCCCUCGAAAGGCCCGCCCUCGAAAAGCCCGCCCUCGAAGCCCGCCCUCGAAAGCCCCGCCUCGAAAGCCGCCCUCGAAAGCCGCUCUCUAAAGCCCCGCCCUCGAAAGCCCCGCCCUCGAAGCCCCGCCUCGAAACCCGCCCUCGAAAGCCCGCUCUCCCCGCCCUCGAAAGCCCGCCUCGAAAGCCCCCCGCCCUCGAAAGCCCGCUCUCUAAAGCCCCGCCUCGAAAAACCCGCCUCGCCCUCGAAGGCCCCGCCCUCGAAAAAAAAGCCCGCUCUCUUCGAAGGCCCCGCCUCGAAAGCCCCGCCCUCGAAGCCCCCUCGCCGCUCUCUAAAGCCCGCCCUCGAAGGCCCCGCCUCGAAGGCCCCGCCCUCGAAAGCCCCGCCUCGAAGCCCUCCCCGCCCUGCCUCGAAAACCCGCCCUCGAAGCCCGAAAGCCCCGCCUCAAAAGCCCGCCUCGAAAAGCCCGCCCUCGAAAGCCCGCCCUCGAAAGCCCCGCCUCGAAGGCCCCCUCGAAGGCCCCGCCCUCGAAGGCCCCGCCCUCGAAGCCCCGCCCGAGGGAUCGCCUCCGGAAUCCUUGGGCCUUGGCUCUCUGGAGGAUCUCGCUCCGCUCAUCCCCUCGGGACGCCUUCUAAGACGGCGGGCUUCGAGGGGAUACAACAUAAGUAUAUCUUCCAAGACAUCAGAUGAUAUGAAUUAG